AUGCCUCACUCCUACGAUGAUGGAGGUUUCUUGCCUGUAAUUGAUGGCCUGAAUAUCAACAAUCUCCAGGAUCUCGAGAGGGCGUUCGACAGGAACGAUGAAGAAGGUCAACAGAUCAGUACCAGACUACUUACCAUCACAGCAGAGAUUGAAGCCCUCGAGGAAGCAGGAGCACGCCCUGACCUCGCACCGCCCCUCAGACACAUUACAAGAGUUCUACGUCUUCGACGUCAGCUGCUGUCAGAUCUUGACCAACUAUUGGACAACUGGAACGUCUAUAUGGAUCUUCGCGAUGUUGAAAUGCACGUCGAGGUCUUCUGGGGCGAUUUGGAUGUUCAGGAUGCUGCAGAAGAGCGUUACAGACAUGAAAGCCAUGCGAACAGGAUUCGAGGUCUAUAUAUUCAAGCUAAGCGGGAUUGGUCGGAAAUGCUUGGAGAGUUCGUGAGGAUGACUUGGGAACACCUGGACGACAUUGGCACAGUUGACUUCAAUCCUGAGAGAUCUACACAUCAGGAAACAGUACUCGGUCCUAGCACAUUGGACGCCUCUGUCCAGCUGCUGCGUACCUUCUGUGGCGACCUCCUACACCUAUGGAGAUUCGCUUUCCUUCUGAUCUGGCGCUUCAUGUGA